AUGAUCAAGUUAACCGCUGUGGUGAUUUUUAUAUUUCUUACUGGGAACGUUAUUUCAAAAAUAAUCCUCCCGCACAAACUGCGAUAUCUGGAGAAUAUGUUGAACGCGGAAGUGGUUGCUAAGGCGGCCAAGAUACGCCAGCGGCUGGAGGCAAACCCUGGCACGGCAGACAGUGACAAGAGCUGGCCCCUUCUACUAGCCCAGUACCACGACGAAGACAAACAAUCCUAUGCCCACAACGGCUUCUACGUACGAAGACCACCCAAUCUAUAA